UGGUUAUUUUGCAGUCUUUUCAGUUCCUAUGAUCCAAGUUCAUUGAUGUCAAAUGCAUAUUACCGAACAGAUAUAUAUCAGCGAUCUUUGGAAAAGGUACCUGUAACAAACUUCUUUGGCUCAGUCAUGGAAACAAUACCUACCGAUUCAGCUUAUAAAGCCUUGUCAAGGAAAGUCUCCAACAAGUCCAACGUCCAAAUGUAUUAUUCAGUGCACAAUGAGAGGCCUUUGGUAAAUUCAAAUGACCAGGACAAAACAUUUGAGCUAAACAAUGAGGGUCAACAAGUUGCUUCUAGAUGCGUAUGGCAUAACUUUUAUAACAAGUUUCAAAAAGUCGAAGAUGUUGAUAUGCUGGUGAACUAUGGCUUGGUAAUAAUGCUUCCUUUGCUGGUGGUUUCAACAUGGCUGUCACAGUGAACGUUUGAACCAUGAUUUUAUAAGUAAGUUGCAGAAAGUUGCUGAUUCCUUUGAGAACUGGGGCUUAGUAAUAUUGCUUCCUUUCAGGCACCACCAUGCUUUAAUUUCUCUCCCAUUGACAUCCUUUUUUUAUUUCACUUUUUGUCCAACCUGUUUUUUUUCUUGGUAUAUAUAUGGGGUUUCUUUGAUUUCCUUUGAGCAAUUAGGUUUAAUUGUACUCUUACCAAAACCGACCAUUUGUCUCUAAUAUCUCAUGCAUGCUUAACACUGUAGAUGCCAACCGUCGUUUCCUGAACUUUGUUGUGUUUAGUAUGACAUGCUUUUACUUUUUUUUUUUUACCAAAGAAGAACGAAAUAGAUCUUGCAGUGUUCU